AUGAUGGGCUAUGAUGCAGCUGCCUACCAGCAACUCUACCAGCAGGCCGCCCUACAGGCAGCGCAGGCUGCCGGGUAUGGCCAGCUCGCUGCUGGGUAUGGAGGCGUCACCGCGGCGGCGCCGGCCGCUGCUGCUGCUGCGGCGCAGGCAGCGCAGGCGGCGCAGGCGGCACAGCCCCAGGCGCAGGCCUAUCAGGCGGCAACGGAGGCGCCCCCGGACUGCGUGGGGCAAAUCGCGCACAUCUCCGUGAGCGGCUGCUCGCAUGGGACCGUCGGCGGUGGCUCGGCUGAGAGCCAUGCUGCGAUUCCAGGGCUCAGCUCGCGCUAUGCGCCGUGGGAGGCACGCCGUGCGUCCGGGUCUCGGUCUGGCCCGGGGCUCAUCGAGCUGAUCAAGAGCAACCGGGAGGUGGAUGUGGAGGCGGCGCUGGGUGCGCCGGUGGACGUGCAGGACAUGGACGAGUUCGGGUCCACGCCGCUGAUCUUGGCGGCGCAAAGGGACUGGGCCUUUGUGGUGGGGGAGCUGCUGAGGAGCCCUGAGGUGGAGGUGAACCAUCAGAACCUCUUCGGCUCCACGGCGCUGAUCUGCGCCGCGGCCAACGGGUACAUCGCCACCAUGGAGGAGCUGCUCAAGGAUCGCCGGGUGGACCUGGAGGUGAGCACGCGCUUGGGGCAGACGGCCCUCUUCAAGGCGGUGCUUUUUGGGCAUUUGAACACCACGGAGCGGCUGCUGCAGGCCGGCGCCCAGGCCGAGGUGACCAACAAAAUGGGGCAGACCAUUUUGGACGUGGCGCGGGAGCAGCAGCGCUCGGCCGUGCUGAGCCUCUUCGAGCGCUACGGCCACGGCCUGGUGGCCGAGCGCAUCGUGAGAGGGAACUUCACGGCCAACGGCCAGAACCAUGGCAGGCCCACCUAUAGGAAGGAUCAGCAGGUGAACGGUUUGGACGUCAUGCUGUAUUACUGGGAUGAGCGGGACGGCCCCAACUUUGCCGGCUGGUGGUUCGGGCCCAAAGUUGGAGGUGACCAAGUCUGGGCGUACCACAACAGCAGAGCCGCGCAGACGCCGCCGCUGCGGGGCUGGAAGGUGCCGUACGACGGGCCGGUGGAUGAGAGCUUCGUGAUCGGGCCCGUGCAGCAAAACGCGCAGGCCUAUCAGGGCCAGGCUUACCAGCAGCAGGCGGCCAGCCCACCUGCCUUCCCCGCGCUGAACUACGGAAAUCACGCGCAAGGUGGCAAGGGCUACCCGGGCCCCCCGGCUGCCCCGGCAAACGCGGAGAUGCAGCGGCAGCAACAGCAGGCCAUGAUGCGGCAGCAGCACGAGCAGCAGCGUGCGAUGCAGGCCCAGCAGCUGAAGCAGCAGGAGGAGAUGAAGCUCAAACAGCAGGAGAUGGAGCGAAGGCGGCAGGAGCAGCAGAAGCAGAUUGCCGAGCGCAAGAAGAAGGAGCAGGACGCGUCGAACAUCAUCCGCGCGGCGGUCCAGAAGGUACGGGUGGCCAAGGAGGAGGUGUUCCAGCAGGCGGAACAGGAACUCUACCAGACCAUGCAGAAAGAGCUGACCCAUUGCGGCUACCAGAUGCCGAAGAUCCGGGAGGAGUGCGAGAAGGCCGUGGAGCAGGCGAAGAGGCGGUUGGAGGAGGCGAGGCAGCAGAAGAUCUUUGAGGAGCAGCGCAAGGCCGAAAUGGCUGCCAAGGCGUUGCAGCUCGUGGAAGAGUUCAAAGUCAAGGUGGACGCGGCAGAAGAGGCGGCCAAUAGUCUCGCGGAGAAGGGCGAGCCGCUGACACUGGUGGACAGCAUCCUGCAAAUGCCCGAGGCCGAGAUCGAGGAGGCGAACUCCACCGUGGAGGAGGCCAAAGCGGAGGCAGACGCAAAGACGAAGCAGUGCCAGGACUUCCUGAUCGAGCACGGGGCGGCCAUGAGAGUUCCAGACCAGUCAGUGAUUGAGAGCCUCGCCAAGCUCAACGAGCGGCUUAAGGUGACCACAACCUCCAAGGAAAGUGUCCUGGUGAAGUGCCGAAAUGCCAAGAACAAGGCUGAGAAGAAAGCCCAGGCCAAGAAGGUGAUGGCGGCGAUCGCCGCCAAGUUCAAGUCCUUCGACGCCAACAAGGACGGCCACUUGGACAAGAAGGAGAUCAUCGCCUAUGCGAAGAAGGAGUUCAAGUUCACCAUGAAGGACGACGUGGCGACGAAGGUUUUGAAGGCCCUGCAGGUGGGCGCCAAAGGCGUCCCCGAGAGCGACUUCCAAAGGCUCAAGGUACGCAUCGGCAUCUUGCGCGAGAAGGUGAAGGACGACGAGAGGAGAAAGGUGCGGGAGGCGCGCGAGGUGGAGCUCGAGGGCAUGAAGGAUGAGCUCAAAGAGAAGAUCGCAGAGGUCGAAGGCAAGGUGGACGCCGUGGAAGAGGCUGUGAAGAAGGUGGAGGCAGCCCUGGAGGGAGUCGGCAAGGUAGAGACCCUGAAGUCCUCGGAGUUGCGGAGCAAAAGCGAAGAGCUCACCCACGCGGGCCCGAAGGAAAUCCUGCAGGUUGUGAAGGCGAGCCUCCAGGAGUUCAAUCUGGUGAACUGCACCACUGCGCUGCACCGCUACGCCAAGGCCCGGGACGCCUCUGGCCGUGAUGGCAAGAAGAGCAGCAAUGCCGGCACCAGUGCCGCGCUGGAAAGGCUACUGGCGAGGACGGCGGAGCUUUGCAGUGGCAAGGCGCCGGCCCAGAACCUCGCCAAUGCCAUGUGGGCGGCGGAGCGCCUGGGCCUGGACGCCUCGGAGCCCGCGCUGCGCAUCGCCAUCCGCGCCCGGGAGGCGCUUUCGCGGCCAGAGCGGCUCUGGCAGUUCACUGGGCAGAACCUGGCGAACGUCACCUGGGCGGUAGCGAGGCUCCUGAGCGGCCGCAGCGCUGCGCGGCUGCUGAAGGCUGCGGAGGUGCCCAGCAAGGCGGCCUUCUUCGAGCCGUUUCUGGCGGCGCUGGAGCAGCGCGCCUGGGACUUGAACGGCCAGGAGCUCUCGAUGGCCGCCUGGGCGGUGGCGGUGGCGGAGGCGGAGGUGGCGAAAGCCAAGGCGGUGGCCCAACAGCUGGGAGAGGCGGCCCGCGGGAGAGGCGGGGGCCUGGGGGACUUGGCGCCGCAGCAGCUGGCGACGCUGGCCUGGGCGCUGGCGCGCCUGGGCUGCCAGGCCCGGGAGGUGCUCAAUGACAUUGCCGCCGUGGCUGCGCCCAGGCUUGCGGAGUGCAACGCGCAGGACCUGGCCAACCUCGCCUGGGCCUUGGGCCGCGCGGAGGUCGGCGGGCCCAAGCUGCUGCAACCCUUGGCCAAAGCCGUGCGGCGGCGGUUGGGGGACUUCUCCGCGCCGCAGCUGGCGGUGCUGUGCUGGUCCCUGGCGCGGCUGAAGGCGGAGACUGCGGCGCUGGAGGCGGUGGCGGAGGCUGCCGGAGCUCGGAUCUCGGAGCUGACCCCCCGGGACGUGACGGAUGUGGUGUGGGCCUUGGCACACGCCGGCGUGCGCCACAACGGCGCCGGCGGCUUCCUGAGAGAUGCGGGGGACUUCGCGCAGCGCCGGCAGCGAGACUUCAGCACGCAGGAGAUGUUGCGCUUCCUGGGCGCUUUCCGGAGAGCAGGCGGGGACGCGGCGGUGCACGCGGCGAUGGCGUCCGCGCAGCAGCUUCUGCGCUACGAGUUCCCGGCUCUGGACGUCCAGGUCACUUUGCACGCCGAGACCCCGGGGCACUCCUCGCAGACGAAGCGCCGCCGCGUGCGGAGCAGCGAAUUGCGGGAGCAGAGCGAGCUGGGGGGCGACCCCCAGCGGGCGGACGGCGGGACCACAGGCGUGGCGCUCUGGGAGGCGUCCUUUGUCUUGGCGGAGUGGAUGUCGCGGCAGAGCAAGGGCCGCGCCUUGCAGGAGCUGCUGGGGCGGAGGUGGCGCUGGCGCGGCAAGGUGGGGGUGGAGCUGGGCGCGGGCCUGGGCCUGCCGGCCAUCCUGGGCUCCUUUCUGGGGGCCUCCGUGGUGGCCACCGACGGGGACGCCUGCGUCAUGAAGCUUCUGCGGCGCAACGUGCAAGAGAAUAGUUCGGGCUCAGGCGCGCUGCGGGCGGAGGCGCUGCUCUGGGGGGCGGAGGAGGUCUUGGGGAAGCUGGGCCUGGAGAAGAAGCCGGACUUUGUGUUGGCUGCCGAUGUUGUGUAUGCAUCGGCCAAAGAAGCCUUGAUCAAGCAACUGCUGGAGACGAUGCUGAAGUUGAGCCAUUCCGACACUGUCCUCAUCAUCAGCAACGUCCGCAGAUUCCCCGAGGGCCACCCCAAGGGCGAGGCGCGGUUCUUCGCGGAGGCGGCGCGCUUCUACGAGCGGGUCACCGUGCCGUGCCAAAAUCUGCACCCCGACUUCCAAAGAUCUGGCGUGGGCAGCUGCGAGAUCCAUCUGCUCCGCCUAAGACGGGCGGAGCCUCCGGAUUCAAAGGCUCGGAUGAAGAAGCGCCCGAAGGCGCGGAGCAGCGCCAAGCCGCCCGAUGGGCCGCAGCUGCAGGAGCCCAUGGAGCCGCAGGCGCCGCAGGCGCGGCCAACGCGCAGCUCACGCAAGCGGAAGGCCGGCGAGCUUGGCGAGGGAAAGAAGGGAAAGCGGAAGGCAGGCCAAGAGGCGGCCGGGCACAAGCCAAAGAGCUUGCCGCGGGCGCGCGGAAGGAAAAGGGCGGUUUCCGCGGGGGUGGCGGGGGUCGAUCUGGCUGUGCUGGGCUUUAGGUCGGUUGCAGCCCUGACCAAGAGCGCGGAAGAGCAGGUCGCGGGCGUGCGGACGGAGGUGGCGGGCAUCAGGGAAGGCGCAGAGCCGGACCUGAAGAUUUGGCUCAACCAGACGUGCAAGCCGCUGGAUGGCAAGUUGCAUGGCUUCAGCACCCGCAUUGCCACCGCCACCCGCAAGCAGAAGCAUUUGGAGCAGGAUGCGAAGAACAAGGACGCCGCAGAGCUGCUCCAGAGCGAGAAGCGGGUGCUGGCUACGCUGAGACAGCAGCAGAUGGCGAAGAGUUUGGCGCCGGAAGAGCUGUUCCUCAGCGUGUCGAAGAAGGACGAGGAGAAGGCGACUAAGGAGUCCUUCGUUGCGUUCCUCACCUCCUGCGAGGCGGAGGAUGGCGCAGAGGCGCUCACGGAGGAGGAAGUGGGUCGCUUCUUCGACGCGCUGGACGCUGAGAAGGCUGGCUCCCUCACCAAGGAGCAUAUGCUGAUGCUCAUCCGAACCCUCAAGAAGGUGGUGAAGGAGACCACCAUCACCCAGGGCCCGAACCUGGCGGAGGAGGGCGACGCCUCUGCCGUGACGAAGCUGGAGGCCGGCGAUGUGGUGGAGCUGCUGAGUUCCCCCAGCGAGGAAGGCGACAUGAUGCGCGCCCAGUGUCGGUCCAUGAAGGAUGGCAGCAAGGGCUGGGUGACCCUGAAGGGCAACCAGGGCACCGUGCACCUGGCGGACGGGGGCGCGCUGUGGAAGGUCCUGAAG